AUGCUCCCCAAGAUCCCCCGGCUUGCAGCGGCGGCGCGGUCAACACAGCCGCUGCUCACCCCGCUCCGACAGAACUCGGCACUCCAAGCUCGAACGCGAUCCGCCACACCCCUCCGACUAGCCAGCUCACACAGCGCAGCCCACGAGCUAAAGGGUUCCGACGGCGGGCACGAGGCAGACCAUGGCCAUCAUGGCGGCCACGAGGACCACUAUGACCCGCCAGGCGGCUGGCUCUGGGGUAUCCGACCCGGCGAGAAGGCGGAGAAGGAGGGCUGGGAGCCAUUCGCUUACAUCUUCAUCGGUGCGUGGGUUGUUGCUGUCGCCGCUUAUACUAUGAAGCCAGAUACUUCGAUACAAACGUGGGCAUUAGAGGAGGCACGGCGACGACUUGAGGACGAGGGCUUCUAUGACGAAUCAAAAUAG